AUGCCCUUAAACAUAGACGUUGAUUCUUCAUUCAUAACAAUAACGAUAUAUGUUACCACCACCACAAUUCCGGCGGAGCUACGCCCCUAUCUCGAAAUUUAUAUGGAAUCAUUCUUCAGUCUUCCAUUGAAUGUUGAAACAGAAGACGGUGAACGUAAACAAUUAACGUAUGAAGAAGUUGUAUCAGAACUGAAUAAGGAUACAGUGUCAUACACAUAUUCGUUGGGUGUGAAUGGAUCGUUCGAGGAGAUGGUAUGCCUGCAGAUUAAAGUCGAGGCUAGUAAGUACGAAAAUGGUAUUCGAUGGUUGCGUAACUUGUUAUGGAAUACCGAAUUUACGGCCGAAAGGCUUAAAAUCUGCGCCACAAAAUUAUUUAAUGACAUACCGCAAUCUAAGCGUGAUGGUUAUAGCAUGUCUGCGACAGUAUUGCAACUUAUUCACUACGAUCCUGCCAAAUCAAACAAAUACGCAUUGUCCGUUCUGAACCAAGAAAAGGUCCUACCGAACACCAUUCAGUUGUUGGAUGACGACCCUGAUAGAGUGAUCGAGGAGUUUUAUCGGCUCAGAAAGAUCUUGACCUCACCGGAGAACUUUAGAGUUCAUGUGAUUGGUGACAUCUUAAAGUUAAAUCAACCGAAGACUAGUUGGAUUGAUAAUUUUAAGAUCAUUCCUGAUAUAAAACAUUUAUCCCCUGUUCCAUCAGCACGGGAUGUGCUAACCGAGUACGGACGUCACCCCGGUAAUAAGGGAUAUGUUAUAGAAUUAUCGGCGAUUGAAAAUCAGAUCAAAUUAUACGCAAAUAUAAGUAAUGCUUAUACAUUAAAUGAAAAAUUUUUCAUUAAAAUAGGUCCGACGACAUAUGACUCUCCGGAUUUAGCACCUCUAUUGGUGUUGUGCGAAUUGUUGCAUACAAUGGAAGGAAUAUUCUGGAGAUUGAUACGUGGACAAGGACUGGCUUAUAGUGUUGGACUAAAGGUCGGCGUUGAGUCGGGUCACAUCUACCUUACCAUAUAUCGGUCGCCUGACUCUUACAAGGCUUACGAUCAAGCAAGACAGGCUGUCCACGAUUUAGCUGAGAGAAAGAUCGAAUUCGAUAAAUCCGGAUUAGAUGGUGCAAAGUGUGGAGUUAUUUAUGGCUUGGUUAAGAGUGAGAGUAAUAAUCAAAGAGCGGCAAGUGAAUCAUUUGCAUUGCAAGUUUUGAAAAAUGUAGAUCCCACAUACAAUAGAAUAUUAAUUUCUAAAGUUCAGGAUGUAAAUAUUGAUGAUCUUUACGAGAUGCUUUCGAAAUACAUCAUCAAUUUAUUCUUACCUGGAAGUUCGAGCGUCGUGGUCGUUUCCGCGCCCGGUAAAGUUGAGGAUGUCCGAGAGGGGUUUAAUUCUCAUGGAUUUAAACUAGAUGUCAAGAAUCUAAAUGAUGUUCUAGAAUAA